AUGCCUAGAUGGCGCUUAUAUCCGACUGCGGGAUUGGCCAUCCCGAAGAAAGACUCUUACGACCGCAGUCAGCUCAUUGCACCACACUUCGCGUACACUCCUGAGCUUGUGCCAGUCGACCUUGCAUACGACUACUAUGGCACGCAACACCAAUCUGUUAUAUGGAAACCGAUCACUCGAGACAUCGAUCGUCAGGCUCGCGGGCUAUACCGCAAGCACGACCUCCAGUUCAGUAGCUCGAGCAAAGCUGGGCUGUAUAUAGCGGGCGACAACGAAGAUUUACAAGACCAAGCCCGCGAUCGUAUGAUGCUGCUGGUAAUUGAGCUUGCGGGAUCAGACUGCCGUCGAUGGCAGGACAUAGAUGAAGACGUGAGAGCGAUUAUCAAACGCUUGGAGAGACACUGCGGGCGGGACCCUGGAGUCUGCGUGCGAUACUAUGUGCAUCAUACUCUGACGGCACGAAACGAGAGACGUCUAGCAAAUCCCGUACGCCAUCCCGAGCCUCCACUAUCGCCGCUGCUCGAUCCGUACGGACACGACCACCCAUCAGUCAGGAAGGAUCGACGCCUGUGA